CGCCCACUUUUAGCAGUCUCUUAUUUACUUGUAAAGAGUGAGUGAGUGAGUUCAUCUUCACACCAGUUGAGAAAGGACACAGCUUAUCAUGUCAUCUAUCAUAUAAUGCAUUUUCUUGUAUGAGGUUGGCUGAGUUUAUACAAAAGAAAGAAAAGAAAAAUCAAGAAAAUGCUGUGCAGAAAGAAAUUGAAUUCAGAAAAGGAUUCAAGAGGAUCUGUGCCAGUGUACCUUAAUGUUUAUGAUCUCACACCAAUGAAUGGCUACGCUUAUUGGCUUGGACUUGGAGUCUAUCAUUCUGGUGUACAAGUUCAUGGAGUUGAGUAUGCUUUUGGGGCUCACGAGUAUCCAACAACAGGAAUUUUCGAAGGAGUACCGAAACAGUGUGAUGGAUUUACAUUUAGAAAAACAAUUUUAAUCGGAAAAACAGAAAUGGGGCCUGGAGAGGUGAGGGCAGUAAUGGAGGAACUUGCAGAGAAAUACAGAGGAAAUGCUUAUAAUUUGAUCACUAAGAACUGCAACCAUUUCUGCAAUGAUGCUUGUAUUAGACUCACUGCUAAUCCCAUCCCAAGAUGGGUUAAUCGCCUUGCCAGAAUUGGAUUUCUAUGCAAUUGUGUGCUUCCUGCAAAUUUAAAUUCAACAAGAGUUCAGCACCAUAAAAUGGAAGAGAAGGUUGAUGAAACAGAGAAGAAAAAAUUAACAAGUGAAUCCAACAGAUUUUCACGUAAUUCUUCUAAUUCAUCAUCUCCUUCUGGAAAUCAAAUUCGUGGUAGAAGUAGAAGUAGAAGCAGACGUGCUCUUCCACCAUCUUCUCCUUUGAUUUCUUCAUCACCUUGAUGAUCAUAAAUUUGAAAGAAUUGAUUUUUUUUUUUAAUUUCUUGCAAUGUUCCAAGGAAACCAAGGGAAGAAAAUUUUUAUUUAUAAUUUCUCUUUUUUUCUUUUUUUUUUUGUUUCAUUCUUUUUCUUGGAAUUUUUGGUGCUAACAUCUUCUUCUGGGAAAUUAUGCAGGCAUGCAGCACGUACAUGCACAUGUGUAUGCUUUUUUUUUUCUUUGAAAUUUUUUAUAAUCUGGCAAUUGAUGUUAUGUCUCUGCAGUAUCAUCCAAGUUGACCUCAUUUUUCUUUGGUUUCUUGUAGCCAUUGCUUUUGACAAGUUUGUAUUGCCUGGAGAAAUGAAAUUAAGCAUGAGAUAUAAAAGCCUGUACAUUUUCAUUUUAGCUUGUUUUUAUCCCAUGUACCACAAUGACAAAUUUAUAAGUCUUAAUCUUAAACUAAUUAGGAUCGAUUAUA